UUGCUAAAAGCUAAAUUUAUUGUUUUUGGUAAAGAAAUUUCAAUUUCUGUUGAGAUUAUCGCGAAAACUUAUGUGAUCAACUUAUGCAAUUUAUUAUUAUUUAAGGUAGAUAAUGUAAUAAAGAAAUUAAAAAAUCAGUUGCCGUCAAAUCAGAUGAACACUAUGGUUUCAUCAAUGGAUCAAUUCCAAGUUCUUCUGCAGGAACAGCGACAGUUUCGGCCAUUUGGAGUGCUUUUAUCCAAAUUUGAUUUUGAAGGAAAGGAGAUGCAAGUUUAUAAAAUAAGUGAAGGCAACGAGGCGUUCAAUAAAUAUUUGGCUAGGGUUCAGACACUUGCACUGUGGUAUAUCGAGGGAGCUGAAUAUACUGAUAAUGACGAUUCGCGAUGGAAUCAUUACUUUGUUUAUGAAGCGAUAAAGCGCCCAGAUGAUAUUGGAUAUCGUUAUAUAUUAGCUGGUUAUUCAUCGGUCGUCAAUUUUUAUUGUCAUCCAUUUAUGGUGCGCACACGAAUUGCUCAAUUUCUGGUUUUACCGCAAUAUCGAGGAAAAGGAAAUGGUUCGAGAUUUCUCCAAUCAAUUUAUAACGAUUUAAUAUCAAGGAAAGAAGUGAAAGAUGUUACAGUGGAAGAUCCUUCAGACAAAUUUAUGUUCAUGCGAGAUUUCAUUGACUGUCGCAACUGUGCUCAGUUAAUUGAAUUUUCGGCUGAUAAUCUGAAGAAAGGAUUUUCUAUAGAGAUGAAAGAAGCUGCCCAAAAAAAACUGAAAAUUAAUCCAAGGCAAGCGAGGCGUGUAUAUGAAAUUCUUCGUUUGAUGAAGACAGAUGUUCGAAACGAACAGGAAUUGAAGGAUUAUCGAAUCGACGUCAAACGAAGACUUGAACAGCCUUUUAAGAAAAGUGAACGUGACUGGAAUCGGCUGAAACGUGCAUUGAAUGAUGAGGAAAUGGCUACUGUGAUUGCAAAUCAAACGAACAUUGAGAAAAAAAUUGAUACUUUAAGAAAAUUAUAUGAUUCUCUUAUUUUAGAUUAUAAAAUAGUGAUAGAUCGCCUUAAAAUUUUCACUGAUUUAUCUUGA